GGAAGUAAACAUAAACUGGAAUCAAAGGGUCUAGAAUUUAGCCACACCUCCCUCUCCCUCCCUUAUAAAUUACUUGGAAUUAAAACUUAAUUUGACCAUACCAACCCUUGAUAUCCUGAAAUUAACUUGUUAAAGUGACAUGCCCCUUCCAUUAGAUUUUAAACCACCUGCUAAUUGGCGAAAGCUUUUCGAUCAACUCGCGCAAUACCGCCAAACCUUGACAGCACCGGUAGACACAGUAGGCUGCCAUUGUUUAUAUGAUUCGAAAGCCCCUAAGGAAACCAAAAGGUUUCAAAUAUUGGUGGCUCUCAUGCUGAGCUCCCAAACCAAAGAUCAUAUUACUGCUGCUGCCAUGGAGAACCUGAUGCGGCACAAUCUCACACCACAAACUGUGGUGCACAUGCCACUCAAUCAAUUCGAUGUGUGCAUUGAGAAAGUUGGCUUUCAUAACACAAAGGCGAAACAUAUCAAAGGGGCGGCUGAAAUUAUCGUGACGCAACACAGCGGGAAUGUACCAACAACCUAUGAAAAUCUUAUUGCGCUUCCAGGAGUGGGCCCGAAGAUGGCUCAUCUUUUCUUUCAGAGUGCCGAUCAAAAAGUGUUUGGAAUUGGCGUCGACACGCAUGUGCAUCGUAUCUCAAAACGCUUCGGUUGGACACCUGAGAGCUGUAAAACCCCUGAGGAAACUCGAAAGGUACUCGAAUCAUGGCUUCCUCGGGAUCGGUGGGAUCAAGUAAACAAGCUUCUAGUGGGUCUGGGGCAGACGGUGUGCCGGGCUGUCAGCCCAUCCUGUUCAGAUUGCCUGUUGAAUGAAAUCUGUCCUAAUGCGUUUCGAGAAACUCGAAGUGGGAAGCGCCCAAGGAGUGGGACUCCUAUCGCAGAAAUGGUGAGUGACAUUGAGGACCAAAUUAAGGUCACGAAGAAAACAUCCAAGAAGAAGUUAAUGAGAAAAAAAAUAUAAGAAAAGAUUCGGAAAAUAUAUCGACAAAGAAGCAGUAGUUGCUCUAGAGGUAUAUAUGGGAAAAGAAGGAGAGGGGGAAGAGGUGAUGGUACUACCUCACCUUAUUAGACUCCAUUUUUUCCUUUUAGUUUCUAAUGAUUCGCUCCUAUCUAUAUAAUUUUUUAUCUUGAAAAAAUUAUAUCACGAAUGGUAUUUCUAUUUCAUUAUUGAUAUUCCGUAACUCCACAAUGUUGUGAUGUUACUUGCCUAUUACUUUCCUUUAUCUGUUUCCUGCUUAAGUUCUGAAAAACUUAAAGAUGGAAGAGUGUCCCUUCUGUGUUUGUUUAUUUUACCUUUCUUGAAAAAUGGGAGUAAAGCUAAAAUAAAGAUUCGGCACUGGUGCAUCUUUAACUCGGUAUACU